AUGAGGCAUGCCCUUGAUGUUAUGCACAUCGAGAAAAAUGUUUGCGAUAGUAUCAUUGGUACGUUGUCGGAGAUCCUUGGAAAAAAUAAAGAUGGGGUUGCUACUCGUUUGGAUUUAUUGAACAUGGGGGUCAAAAUUGAUUUGCAACCCAAGUAUGAAGAAAGACAUACUCGCUUGCCUCCAUGGCCUUGGAAUUUGUCAAGAGCAGAGAAGAGAGAGAACCGUACUCGUCCCGAAGGUUGCAUUGCUGAGUGGUAUAUAGCUGAAGAAGCUGUAGAGUUUUGCACCGAGCAUUUAUCUGAUGUUAGUACAGUUGGAGUGCCUUCAAGCCAAAAAUGGGAGUUUCAAAGCCUUAUCAGGUUGCAUAGUGAGUUUAAUUGA